UGCAUGUUCUCUCUGCCCCUACCUCUCUCUCUCAUCUCCCUCCCCCUUUUUGCACUCUGCGUUUCUCAUCAAUGGGUCUUAUUUGAAUAAUCUGUAAGCACUUGGAUUGGAGCCAAUCAGCUGUCAGAGACCCAUGAUAAAUCGCAAUGCAUUAUUGAUAAUCAUAAUUACUCUGACAUGCGCAUUUCUACUUGAAGGGCUAAUUUCCCAACUCUGAGAAUUUGUUGUAAAGAAGGGAAAAAAAUAUUGUUACUAUUUUGCUCCCGAUGGUGGUACCAUGUCGAGGCGCAAGCAAGCCAAGCCGCAACACAUCAACUCCGAGGAGACCGGUUCGGCGGAAAAUGGGGCUCUGCAUGAAGGCCCAACUGAAGACGAAGGGACUGAGGCGAAGAGAAAAAGGAUUGAAGAGACCUGUGUAUGUGACAAGUGCUGCGCGGAGUUCUUUGACCAGUCCGAGUUCCUGGAGCAUCAGAAAAAUUGCACUAAAAGCCAGCAGGUGGUCAUUAUGAAAGAUGGCGACGGAGGGGUAGUUCCCGACUUUUCACAAGGCUCACAUGAGAGUUUCCACACUGAAAACCCGGAAGGCCUGUCCCCUGGUGACCCACAGUUAAAAUCCCAACUUGGGGCAGCAGAGAGCAUGGAGGAAGAGACGGAAAUGAACCAUGAGGAGCCCCCAAAACGAGAGGCACCGGAAAACCCUUCUGUUUCCUAUUUGCCAGCCCCCAAAAUGCAAAACACUAAUGUUACAUUGGAGACUAUGCCCAGCACUAAAGUGGCUGUGACUCAGCAUUCAUCUGAUUUGCCUGGUAAAACCUCUCAGCCGCUAGCCAGCUUAAACGCCAUCCCUAUGAUUCUUGAGCAGCUGGUGAGUUUGCAGCAGCAGCAGCUUCAGCAAAUCCAGCUAACUGAGCAAAUUCGGAUCCAGGUGGCCAUGAUGGCUCCUCAUGGCCUUCCGUCUGCUGUUGGCGCGGCUGUAGACCCCUUGAAAGCCCUGGGAGCUCAUUUGUCGCAACAGCUUUCUGCUGCUGCUGCCUUGAUUGGGAAGAGAACUGGUUCACAAAGCCUUUCUAUUGAAAGCCUGAAGCAAGGAAAGCUACCUCAUUCCCACAACAUUCCUGCAUCUCUCUCAGGAAUUGGAGGAAUGGUGCCCCCUAAGCCAGAUGGUUCUAAGGGUCACCCCAAUUUAGUUUCCCGGCUUCCGACUCUGUUGCCUCAAUCUCCUGGAACCUUGGCUUUCCAGCACCCCUUCUCUGCCCUUUCAGCUGGUCUGGAUCCCCUGAAAAAAGGGAAAGGCAAGCCACCCAACAUUACCAUUGAACCAAAGACUGGGUCGGAGGAGCCUCUGUUUAAGCACAAGUGCAAGUUCUGUGGAAAAGUCUUUGGAAACGACAGCGCUCUUCAGAUCCAUUUGCGCUCUCACACUGGGGAAAGGCCUUACAAAUGCAAUAUAUGUGGAAACCGGUUUACAACCAAAGGAAAUCUCAAGGUGCAUUUCCAGAGGCACAAAGACAAGUAUCCACACAUCCGGAUGAACCCUCACCCUGUGCCAGAGCACCUUGACAACAUUCCCACCAGCAGUGGGAUUCCUUAUGGAAUGUCUAUGGUUCCAGAUGAGUCCAACUUUGUAGACAGCAAGCCGGUGCUAGGACUGGCCUCUGCCUCUGGUUUUCACCCACCUGUGCUGCAGAAUUUCAAACCUUCCCAGGACAGUAGCGAACAAUAUUCCCAGAGACCGUCGUCUUCAGGAAGCGACGGCACAUCCAUUUCCUCUAGCAUGUUCAACCAGGACACGGGUUCAGACCAGAACAUGGAAUCCCCAGAAGGCCUGGGCUGCCUGCCCCAUGUGAAUGGCACUGCUCCGAGUGAGCAGAGCUCCGGAACCGCAAAGCUUCAGCAGAUGGUGGAGAGCCUCGAGAAGAAGACCGAUGACCCAAAUGAGUGCGUAAUCUGCCACCGUGUGCUGAGCUGCCAGAGUUCGCUGAAAAUGCAUUACCGCACUCACACUGGGGAGAGGCCUUACAAGUGUAAAAUCUGUGGGCGGGCGUUUUCUACCAAGGGCAACCUGAAGGCCCAUUAUGGUGUCCACAGGGCUAACACACCUCUGAAGAUGCAACACUCGUGUCCCAUCUGCCAGAAGAAGUUCACCAAUGCUGUGGUUCUACAGCAGCACAUCCGCAUGCACAUGGGAGGCCAGAUUCCCAACACUCCACUGCCGGAUAAUUCUUUCGAAGGGUCUGAGAUGGACUCUCCCCUUCUAGACGACAAGGCUGUUGAACUGAACAGCUUUAACGAAGAGAGCCUGGAUGAGCCAGAGGUGGAGCAGGAGACGCAGGAAGCUGCCAGCGACGUCCCGAAAGCCCUGCCUCCCCCUCCUGCUGUGAAAGAAGAGCAAACUGACUCUCCACUGCCAUUGUUCUCCAGCAUUGCUGCUUUGGAGAAUCACAUGAAAAAUGUCGCCUCUUCUUUGAACUUGCAGCGGCAGACCAGCGUCAUCUCGGAAGGUGACGGUACACUAAGCGACUUGCCUGCCAUGCCCAGGGACCAGGAUUAUCAAAAUGGCAGGAGCCCAACUGUCUCGGAUUCCGUCUCUUUCCUGUCGGCAUCACCAGUGGACAGCCAGGUGGGAAGCAACCAGUCCAAGUCUCCAGACUCUGCUAUCCCCGAAGACGGCAGUAGGGUGGCAUCCAGAACAGAGUCCGAUAGUGGUUCUCUUGAUCCUGAACCCAAUGGUGCUCUGGAUCUGACGUCUGCCACUUUUGUUCCCAAAGCAAUCAAGGAAGAGCCUGGUCUGUCUAUUUCAAAUGGUGACUAUGGUGCUAGCCAUAUGCAGUUCAUGAGAGUUCCUCCGAGUCUCGUUAAACUGGAGAUGCAGAUUCCACCGGAGCGUGGUGUGGGCUGCCCGAGCCAGUUUGUCUCUCAGGUACCCAUGGGGUCAGGGCUGCACCUCCCUGGUUCUGCCCCUCCACGCCGCUCUGCCAAACAGCACCUGUGUAACACCUGUGGAAAGAACUUCUCCUCUGCCAGCGCCCUGCAAAUUCAUGAGCGUACUCACACUGGGGAGAAGCCGUUUGCUUGCACCAUCUGUGGGAGAGCCUUCACCACCAAGGGCAACCUUAAGGUCCAUGUUGGAACUCACAUGUGGAAUAACUCCGCCAGGCGGGGUAGGCGUCUGUCUCUGGAUAACCCCAUGGCGCUGAUGGGUCCAGGAGCCGAACCCAAAAUGGGGUCCGAGAUGGUACCUCCAACCAAAGAUUUGGCUCCUCCACCAAUCAACAUUGAUCCAUCUGUGUGGAACCAAUAUGCUGCUGUGUUUACAAAUGGGUUAGCGAUGAAAAACAAUGAGAUUUCCGUGAUCCAAAAUGGAGGCAUUCCACUGCCGGGUAGUCUUGCUGGGGGCCCCCUCGUCGGCUCAGGUGGUGGCUUGUUGAAGAUGGAUGGAACUCAGUCAGGCCUCCCAGCCACGGUAGCUGAAAUCAACAAGAAUGGAGCAGACAGUGUGCCGAAACAACACCAGUUUCCCCAUUUCAUGGAGGAAAGCAAAAUUGCAGUGAAUUAAAAUCGACCCAGACGAGGAGCAGAUAUUUUUAGUCACAGGUCUUUUUUUGCUGUUUCCUUUUUACGGAUAUGACGACAAAACCUCGUAUUUUCCUACUGAAGUGUAUAAAGGUUUUUAUGGUAGCUAUGUUUCUAUUGAACAUUUGCUCAUUAAUGAGUACAAUCACUUUUUGUUUUAUUUUUGCUUUGCGAAAUUUUGGGAUUUUUUUUUCUCCACUUGCUGAACAAAAAUUGCGGGUCCUGCAAGCCAUAUUUACCUUUUUUUAAAUAACUUGGAAGUGUACAGCCUUAAAAUAUUCCCUCCCUUUUCACCCAAAAUUUUGAACAGUUUACCUCUGUUAAGUCUUAGUGUUUGUGUAGAACUUGAAACAAACUACUGUAGAGAUCUUUUGAUUUAUAUUGUUUGUAUGUUUAAGAUAUGCGGGUAACUUUCAUAAGACUGCCAUCCUUUUAGACUUUCUGUCCCAGAUGUUGAAUGUAUUUCUUACUUGAAAAGUUUUUGACUUUACAAUAGGUCUCUCUACUUAAAAUGACCUGCAGUUUUUCAGUAAUUUCUGAAAGAUUUAGACUCUUAAUACCAUUAACUGGAUUUGUAAAUGUACAUUUUCUAAGAUCCAUUAUUGGAGGUGGAUUUGAACGUGUGUCUCGUCUUUGGGGAAAUAAGGCUUUUUUGUGAUUUCUUGGCUUUCUUACCUAUAAAGGGACACAAAGGAAAAUUCUGGAAGUCUUCAUUAUACCAGUUUUACAAAUGGCUUUGAAACUUGUCCCAAACCAUGUUCAUACAUUUGUGAAAAAGUGGUGAUUGCAUGUCAAAGGAGUAGGUAUUUGACCUGGUUGUGUCUUUGGCUUUGUUUUGGAAGAUGUGUGUAGUGAAACUGUUUAAAAUGUCUGGGUAUUUUUUUCAAAAUUGCUGAUAAAAUGGGCUAGUUGAUGUUAUACUAGAUCUGAGAGCCAAUUCUAACUUCAAGUGCCUGACCUUAACUCUAAAUUGAGAGUACUGAACAAAAGUCAUACAAUUUUACCCUUGCAGUUUUCUGUACUUUCGAAGAUGGUAUGUAUACGUAGAUACCUAGUUUAUGAGAGGUGUGGGAUUAGUGGCAUUUUUCCCCAUCUGGUUUUUAGGCAAAGCAGUCCUAGGCUGGAGAAUUUGAGAAGAAAGAAAUAAAUAUGUAUUUGUUCUGAAAUAUUUAAAGACCUCCAGAAUUGUCUUGUUUCUAAAUGUUUCCUUUUCCUUUCUGUCCUUCUAUUUCUGAUCUGAAGCCUUUUGGAUUAGCCUAAAAGCCGUUGCAACACUGACUACUUACAUCCCUCCUUGCACUUUAAAUUUGCUUGCUUUUUAUGCAUCUUCUGCUGAGGUUUCAGAGUUUUUUUUUUUUAAUUCCAGUGAUUCCUCUGUUCUAUAUCACACAAAGCAGAUUUCACUGGAGUGGAGAGGUAACUUGCAAUUCAAUGGGGAGAAUGGAUUUCUUGAAUUUGCCAUGGUGAGGGUCUGUUUGGAUUACAAUAAUUCCUCUUUGCCCUUAAGGCAAAUGGUGAAGAGUAUACAUUUACCAUUUGUUCAGAAAGCUUCUCUUGAUAAACACUAUUUCUCUUGAAAUGCUUGCAUGAACUCCCCUCCCCCCCAUCUUUCAAGGAGGAGCAAUAAAGGCGAAUUCAUGCAGUUUGUUGUUCACUACAAAUGAAUCGUCCCAACUUUUUUGUUUCCCUCCACAUUAGAAACUUUUAGAAAUCCUUUUCCUCUUAAAUGAAACCAAACCCGUUAUAAAGGACUUUGUAAAUAAGUGCUUUUUCAAGAGGCCAAUUCUUCAAAAAGGAAAAAAAAAGUGGAAUGCCCCUUCAACAAAAGAAUAGAAACUGAAUCCCUGGUCUUCAGAGAGCCCGAAUACACCAGUCUGUUUUAUUCCUUUUCUUUAAGGAGACCACUGUGUACUCCAUGGGAUUCUGGGGCCAUGCUGAAUAUUCUUCUACCUCAUUUCUGAAUAUUGUUUUUUUAUUAUUAUUUUUGGAGUAGUUUUGUUUAUAACUUGUAUAUUGAGCUUUUUUUUUUUUAGAGUGGAUGCUCUGUAUUGUCUUAAUGUAUAGGUAUAAUGUAUUUUCUUGAACUGCUUUUGUGGUCUCUCCCUUUUACAAGUCGUUCUCACAACCUGCUGAUAUUUUGUAUUGAAUGUAUUGCCAGAUACUUUGCACGUCUCUUGCUCGGAACAAAUCUGCAUUGUGUGCAUUUAAUUCCCUUCCUCUGUAGGAAGCUUCACCCCAAGAAAACAAAACUAAGUUCAGUGUUACUGCAUCUUGCCUCCUUAUAUAUAUAUAUUUGCCACAUUGUGCCUUUUUAAAAACCUGUGCAGAAAGCUCAUUGACAGGAGGUGUCAUUCUUUUACAUUAAAAUGUUGAUGUCCUGAAAUGGAUCUUCUGUUACUUUUUUAUGAACUGGGGCCAGUUUUGGCAUGUUUACAGUGUGGACUUCGUACAUGUGGGCUGCGAAGGCUUUGUUUCUCUUUUUGAGUGUCUGCAUACUGUUACUUUUCUGGUAUUUUUUCAACAAUAAAAACAGGAUGGCUUUUCCAAAUCCUA